UCCCUCUCCUCCCUUGGCUCCCGGGAAAUAAGCAAUCCGCUGUUCGUUCCUCCUCGACUACCAAACAGCUCCGCCGCCGGGAAACCCCACGUUUCUAUCUCCCUCGCUGAAGUUUCCGUCAUCCAAAGUGAAUGGCAUAGAGCAAAGCUGAGAAAUUCUCAAAGAUGAAAACCUUUGAUUCGACAACACCCUCGUCGUCGCGAACCGGCGAUUCCCGACCCCACAGCUCGAACUCUAAUUCAUCUCCAUUGCCACCAUCAGUGUUCAGAUUAUGGAGGCCAGCUGCGCAGCGAAAUCUCAGGAACCAAUGGUCCAAAUUAUCGUCUUUUAGGAACCAAUGGUUGUCUCUUUCUUCUGCUGGAAGAUCUCACGCAACUUCUCUUGUCAAUUCUCUUCUCUCUCAAAGGUACAUGCCUAAUAUGGACUUGGGUGUUUUGAGCGAUUGGCCUGAUAUAAGAAAAAGAGCUUGUUUCAAACUAUCAAAGCAGCAGGAACUUUUGAGGUGCCAGCUAUUGUCUACGUAUAAGGACAUGGUGGCUGUAGUUAGUGACAUUAUCAAUACUACCAGAUCAAUGAGAUGUUUCUUUAAAGGAGCAAAUAAUAGUCCACUACUACAGUUUUCUAGUUUUUCUGAAGACAAGAGUGAUUCUGGAGAUGGUGGUGGCGUCCCUGUAUUUUCAUUUUUAUCUAUUGCCUCUCAUGAGAAAUUGGCUCAGGAGCUUGUUCAAAUGUUUAAAUGGGAGCUGUGUGUGAAGCGGUUGCUUAUUAUUGAGUUCUUGUCCAUUGGUUAUGACAUCUCACAAGGAAACCAACUAAAUUGGUCAAAUGAGCUCUAUGCUGGUGAAUUCGACCACUUGCAGAACUGCAAUCUUUACUGUGAGGAGACCUGUGGGCCAGUCCCUCCAAGACUGAGGGAUGGGAAAGCUAACAUGGAAGCUCUAAAAUUUGACAACCAACCUAAACCUGAGGUUUUACAGAUUUAUUUAACGACAUGGCUUGCAGAAGUGAACAUAGACACUAACAGGGUGGACGAAAUAUUUGCUGUUGUUGGGGAGGAAAUGCAUGUUAGCAUAAUCUGAACGGCAAAGUCUCCAGUACAGCCAUUAGAAGCACAUUUGGUCAGCCAAACACAACAUUUAGCCAUCCCGAGACUGGACUACAAUAGGAAGGUAGAGCUGAGUUGACUUAGACAUACUACCUUCGGUUCUUAAAUACUACCUCCGGUUCUAAUUAUAAGAGCUAGUUAACUAGUUUGAGAAAAUUA